UCCGCGCGGGCGGAGCGGGAGCGGCACCCGCGGCGGCGGCGGCCCGGCAACAUGGGCUGGAGCUGACAGCGCCCGACCCGCAGACUCCGAGCGCAGCCGGCGGCGAAGGGAAAAGUUGCCGUGUCUGCCCGGGGAAACUUUCUGCCGCCGAGGCGGGGAGGGGGGCGGCGGAGCCCAGCCCAGCCCAGCCCAGCCCAGCCGUCCGGUGCGGUCCCUGCGCGGCGGGGCGCGUUGCGCUGCUGCUGAGGCGGCGCGGGGGCCAUGCCCGCCGCCAGCCUGCUGCCGCUCUUCGGUAGCGCGGCGGGGCCGGGGGCGCUGGGCGGCCCCGCGGGCGGCGGCGCGGGCGGCGGGGGCAGGAAGGCGGCGGGCCCCGGCGCGUUCCGGCUGACGGAGAAGUUCGUGCUGCUGCUGGUGUUCAGCGCCUUCAUCACCCUCUGCUUCGGGGCCAUCUUCUUCCUGCCCGACUCCUCCAAGCUCCUCAGCGGCGUCUUCUUUCACUCGGCCGCCCUGCAGCCGCCGCCGCCCGGCGGGCAGCCCCGAGCCCCGCCGCAGCUGGGGGGCGGCCCGGCGGCGGCGCCGGCGGCCGCGGGCGGAACGGGCAGCCUGGAGCGGAUCCGCGCGGACCACGAGCGGGCUCUGCGGGAGGCGAAGGAGACGCUGCAGAAGCUGCCCGAGGAGAUCCGCAGGGACAUCCGCCAGGACAAGGAGAAACUUCUGCAGGACGCCCGCGGCAGGAAGGAAGCGGGCGCCCCUGGGCUGCCCCAGCUCCUCUUCCGCCAGCCCGUCGGCGCCGUGGGGCAGGAGCCCGCCGACCCCACCGUCCGGCAGAGGAGGGCCAAAAUCAAAGAGAUGAUGAAACAUGCCUGGGAUAAUUAUAAGCGUUACGCAUGGGGAUUAAAUGAACUGAAACCCAUAUCUAAGCAAGGACAUUCAAGCAAUUUAUUUGGUAACAUUCAAGGAGCAACAAUAGUGGAUGCCCUUGAUACACUGUAUAUCAUGGAAAUGAAAGAGGAGUUCAAGGAAGCCAAGGAAUGGGUUGAAAAAAACUUAGAUUUCAAUGUGAAUGCUGAAAUUUCGGUAUUUGAGGUGAACAUCCGUUUUGUUGGUGGAUUACUUUCAGCUUACUAUCUUUCAGGAGAAGAGGUUUUCCGAAAAAAGGCAGUGGAACUUGGGGAGAAAUUGCUACCUGCUUUCAACACUCCCACUGGGAUACCUUGGGCACUGCUUAAUAUUAAGAGUGGAAUCGGUCGAAAUUGGCCAUGGGCCUCUGGCGGCAGCAGCAUUUUGGCAGAGUUUGGGACUUUGCAUCUGGAGUUUGUGCAUUUGAGCCACCUGUCUGGAAACCCUGUCUUUGCUGAAAAGGUAAUGAAUAUUCGAAAAGUUCUAAAUCGACUGGAUAAACCAGAGGGCCUUUACCCCAACUAUCUGAAUCCCAGCAGUGGCCAGUGGGGCCAACAUCACGUCUCCAUUGGAGGGCUUGGGGAUAGCUUUUAUGAGUAUUUGCUCAAGGCAUGGCUGAUGUCAGACAAGACCGAUGAAGAAGGCAAGAGAAUGUAUUAUGAUGCUGUUCAGGCCAUAGAGACCCAUCUCAUUCGCAAAUCAAGCGGCGGACUGACAUACAUCGCUGAGUGGAAGGGUGGACUGCUUGAACACAAGAUGGGACACCUGACUUGUUUUGCUGGAGGCAUGUUUGCUCUCGGAGCAGAUGGAGCACCCAGUGACAAGACGGGCCAUCACAUCGAGCUUGGUGCUGAAAUUGCCAGGACUUGCCAUGAAUCCUAUGACCGGACAAGCAUGAAACUGGGACCAGAAGCCUUCAGAUUUGAUGGUGGUGUUGAGGCCAUUGCUACAAGACAAAAUGAAAAAUACUACAUCCUACGACCAGAGGUCAUAGAGACCUACAUGUACAUGUGGCGCCUCACUCAUGACCCGAAGUACAGGCAGUGGGGAUGGGAAGCUGUAGAGGCACUGGAAAAACAUUGCAGAGUAGAUGGUGGCUAUUCUGGCCUUAGAGAUGUUUAUAACAAUCAUGAAAGCCAUGACGAUGUGCAGCAAAGUUUCUUCCUUUCAGAGACACUCAAGUACUUGUAUUUGCUGUUUUCUGAAGAUGAUCUUCUUCCAUUCGAUCACUGGGUCUUCAACACAGAGGCUCAUCCUCUCCCUGUUCUUCAGAAGGAUGAUGGGAAUAAAGAAGAAAAUGAGAAAUAGAUGAAGUUAAACUUUGUUUCAUUCCUUAUGUUUCUUUCCAGGACUUGGGCACAUAGUUUAGUUUUAAAUUCCCAAGUUAAAUUUAUAAAUCAAGUGUUUUGCAGUCUGUUUUCUUGAACAGAAAAUAUUUAUGAAUGGACCCCAACUGAUUAUGAUAAAACUUAAUUCCUUUUAUCCAGCUGAACCACUUCUUAGAAGAGAAACAGGACAUCCCUCCAGAUUGUGUUAGGCUGCACUGCCAUCUUGGCCAAAAAGAGCAGAGGGUCUGCAUGUUGUUUCCUCUUAUGCUUUUAAUUUGACUGCAAAAUUCUCUUCUCCUCUGUGAGGAGAUGCCUGCUUUAAGCUGUAAUAUUUUGCCAUGUUGCAAAAAGCCAUAUUGAAUUAAGUAUAAAGAACUUUUUUGGUUUUGUUUUUGUUCUAUGUUAAUUUGUAUUGUGUGUCAUUCAAGACAAAUCUUGUGACUGUGACAGCCUCUUCUUAUGCGGGUCUAUCAUUACUGGGUAAAGUAUCUGAUGUAUUUCAUUGUCAACAAAGUCAACAUAGGAAUAUUUUCAUCUCAUGCAGACACAACUCUGAAACUGCAGUAUACCUUGAAGUUAGUCUAAACUUAGUUUUUAUGAAUUUAGCACAUUAGUUAGCAGACCUUAGUUUUCCAGGUUUUGAUUAGAAUAUUGUAGUAGAAUAAAUUGUUUCCUCUCUUUUCUAAGUGGUGUUAUUCUCAUGGCUUUUGUCAGGCUACUAUGGGAUAAAAUAAGAGUAAUUUCUUGCUAAGUAAAAGGGAUUCUUAACUUCUUUCUUUCGUUAGUCCAGUGGCUUGCAUUUGGUUGGAUGGUAAAAAGACAAAGGAAUAAUACUCAAGGCCAUUCUUUUGGAAAUGCAGCUGAGCAUUAUACCAGAGACAAUUUAUUUGGUUUUCAGGGACUUUGUCAAACAUUCAGAUCGGUUUAGACUUCACAUCAGACAGUAGUUUGUCAUGAAACAGUUAAAUUCAUCUACAUGAAUAAAAUUAGAUGUUCAGAUGGCUUGAAGAAAACUUGUGUCCGUAUAAGAUUAUAAUCAUUCAGACAGGGAAUUACCCAAUGUAGAACUAAAACUUUGUGAAAGCACCAAGUCUGUCUUCUCCAAGUGACAGAAGUGCAGUGUGCUUAAAAUUAUUCCCUAGAACAGAGGCCUGGCUUACUAAGAAAGGUGACAGCUUUGCCAAAAAUGUUUUACUUUGUGGCAUCACCAAAGGGAAAAAAAAAUGAGGUACAAUGUAUAGUUUAGAGUGGUUUAUGUGAUUAAGUCUACCUAUGUUUUCAUUUAGUGACAGGAUGACUUUCAUACAUUUUUUGUAGGUUAUAACACCUGCUUCCCAUUUUGAGAAAGCACAUUAUUCACUGAUUGGACUGCAGCAAAACAAAUAUGGUUCUGAACAGUAAUCUUCUUUAAAGGUAUUAAGAUAGCUCACAUGUCCAGCAUAGUACCCACAGCUGAGGAAGCACAUUUGUUUGUUCGUUCCUUACAGAGUACAUUUUUUCUAUACUGCUAGAGGUCUGCAUAAGUUUUCUUAGGUAGAAGUCAAGAGCAAAGAUAACUGAUUACAUUUUUAUUUAUUUAUAUAUAUGUGUGUGUGUGUGUGUAUAUAUAUACACACGUAGCAGCUUUAGGCUGACCCAUAAACUUGACCCUCUGGAGUCUGUAAAGAACAGCACUGCCCAUCUGCUUCCCUUGCAGACAGUGAAGGUGGAAUGUGCUACAUGAGCUGCCAAAGACAUUAAUGUAUGGGGCAAGGCAAGAGGAUCUUCAGUGAUGCUGAACCUUCCAUGGCAGGCCUGGCAGAGCUGUGCAUUUGUACAUGGAAGCUAACAGGGGUACCUGCUGAGCCUGGGCAACCCAGCACUGGGAGAAUGGAUACAAAUGUAUGUGCAUCUGCCUCACCUAAAGUCUGCUUACAUGGAACAUGCAGAUUGGCUCAAGACUUUGCUUUACUGCCUUUUACUAGUUGUAGUAUUAUUUUAUUUUUAAAGUAUGGAUUUCCUCAUGUCACAGUAACAGUUUUCUGAAACUGAAUGAGCAAGGAUGAAGUCUUGGCUCUGUUGAAAAGCAGAAGUCCUGCCAUUUUGAAACCCCAGAAUUUUUAUUGUUGGAGGACUACAAUAUUUGACUCUCUUUCUUCAGAAACAGUAUUUAUAAGGAAGCUUUUUUCCCCCCCUUCCCCCAGAUACCACAGAGAAAUUACAGCUGUGGUAUAAAAACAAAAAAGUCUCUUCCCUCUUUAACCAAAAGUAAUAAUAAUUACUUUUGUCUUGGUUACCUUUCUUGGGUCAUCUGCUGCUGCCUACCACAUGGUCGCUCUAGGCCUCAUAUCAGUUUAACUACAACAGCUCAGAAAAAAAGUCUUUGACAAAUGUGUUUUGUAAGCCUCAUUUUACAUGCUUUUCUUAUCCACCAUAUGCUUCUCCCAAAUGCAUCUAGUGAUCUUGCCUUUACUUAAGAAGCAGUAGAGAAAUAGUGGAGAACCAGACAGCUCUUUGCCAUAUUUCAAAAAGGCUACAAACACCCAACACAGUGUAUGCAUUGGAUCCUAUGUACUUUAAUACAAGCAUCAUGACUCUAUCCUUGUAAUACAGACAUUUCAUAUGAAUAUUUUUAAUAUUUUUUUUUUUAAUUUGGGAGUUACAACUAUUUGAAAGAGCACAAAUUUGAUGUGACUGGUAUUGGUAUUCAGGUUGUAUGUACAAACUGCACUAUACUGUACUUUUUGUAAACUAAUGUAAGUAGACAAGAAGAUUGUACAACGUGUAGAUCUGCCAACUGUAAGAAACCUUUUCAUAAACUGAGAAUAUAUUGAUUUUUCUUUUUUUUCCUUUUUUUUAAAUAACCCCAAAACACCAAAGUUAGAGCAAUCAUUUUGAAACAGGCAGUACUUACCACUGCUUAUUAGAAUGCUGAAAUAACGUUUGUUUUGUUUCCCACUCACUGAACUAGCUGCAUGGAAGUGGCUAGUGAUAGUCACGUUGUGUUCCCAGUCAUUCAUAAGUGUAAAAUAAAUUGCUUUAUUGGGCAGGGAGGGGGAGGCAGGCAUUAUCUUAACAUAAACACUUUUCCAUUUCUUUGUAGCAUAAUAAUGCAUUUAAAUCUGCAUAUCUUAAAUCCUAAGAUCACUUUAAAUGGCACCCACAUUGUUUCAUGAGAAAAAAAAUAUGCUUUGAUUGUGAGAUAAGUAUUGCAUAUGUGUUGGUUGUACACUAUUUUUUUUUUUGCAAUGCCUGAUGGCUCACUGUUUCUAUGGUGACUUCAUCAUACAUUUUAUCCAUUUCUAUAAUGCAUUUAAGUUGUUUUUAAUUUGUACAUGGUCCAUUUAGUCUUUUCAUCUUUAUAUAAAGUGAAAUUAUGGAAUACAUAAUAGAUCAAGAUGCUUAAUUUUUAAGAACUUAUAUUUGUAAAAAUUUCUCUACUGUGAAUAAAGUCUUUUAAUAUA